GCCGUACAUAUCGCCGCGGGGGAAGCGGUGUGUCGGAGCGACGGUUGUCUGUACUCUGUGGAGUUGCACUCUGAUUACCAAGUGCGAAGCGAGCGUGGGCCGGACCCCUGGGGACGACGCGCGCGAAGUAGAUUUGUUCUUGUUCGAUUUUGCGGACUCUCUGCGGGCAGUGCGGGGAACCUAGAACCAAACGCAUUUCAUUGCCAGGUUCCGGCCUGCUUUCGCCAAGAACAUCUCACGGCCACGCGUGUGUCUAUCGCUGCGCCUGGUUCCCAUCAUGGCGUCGAGAGUGCUAGAUAAGAAGCUCAAGAAGGUGCUGGAUAUGCGGACGGACACCCCGGCGUUGUUGGAGUCGCUGGAGGCGAUCAGCACGCUCUUCAGCGAUCACAGCACAGGCAGCAGCUCGGGAGCUGCUGCGACUACUGCCAAUGCGGAGAAGGCGGGGGGGGCGGGGCAUGAGUACAACACGCUUGAUGCGAGACGAUCGCUCAGAGAGGACCUCGAGCGGCAGAACUACAACUUGAGCGCCUGCUUCCAGAAGAGCUUCGAGCGCCUGAGGGACCGCCUCGAAGGGCUGGAGGGGUGCGUCGCCGGGCUCGAGGACGGGUGCUCCUCCAUCUCCGGGCGUCUCUCCGCCGCCGACGCCAGCAUGCAGCAGUUCACCCUGAGGGCGGAGACUCUGCGGGACCAGAGGAGUCAGCUCGGGAAGCACGCCGAUCAGGCAAGAGGGGAGAAAGAGGUGUCCCUGUUUCUGGAGAGGUUUCAGCUCACGCCCAACGAAGUUGAGGCUCUCUCGGCGCAGCUCGAGCCCGACCAAGGCAGGCGCUUCUUCUCCGCCCUGCUCAGGCUCAAGACCGUUCGGGCCUCUUGCGGUCGGCUGGUGGGGUCCAGCCCGCAGAGCGCCGGCAAGCACCAGGAAGCGGCGUACGAGCGGCUGUAUCGGUGGGUGCAGGACCGCUGCCAGACGUUGGAGGAGGAGACGCCCGCGGCUGACGUGACCCUGCAGGUACGCCGCGCACCGUGA